AACUUUCUUAUUUACACGGGUUGUCGAAAUACUAUGCCAAUGUCGCAUAUAAAACGAAUGUUUGCAAGGAAACUCCUGCAGUCAAACUUUUAAGGAUCACAGGAUAAUUUACAGACCCUGCAAUGAGAUACUACCUGUGUCUCUUGAUCGUUGCCGUUUGCGGGGCAGCGAGAAUACCCAGAGUGACUGAACAACCGUAUUUCCCGGUAUUUCAAAACAUUUAUGCAAACCACAAUUAUCAAACUGACUCAGUGAAUAAUCAUGUUGGUGAACCAUUUUUUGAAAACUAUAGAAUACAAGAUGGAAAUAUAGGUGCAGGAAAUGAGUUUUACGAUCAUCGAACGUCCAUCGACGGUCGAGCAAAUUUCGACGAUCAUUUGACAGGAGUUCCUUUCGAAGAUUUUAGAGGUCACAACGCUGGUGCUGUCCUCCAACAUUAUGAACGAUUUAAUCAUGCACCUAAUUACGAUUAUCAGUUGUAAAAGUUUCGUCAAGUAUAUAUUAAUUUGUCAUAGAUCGAAUUUAAUUAAUGCUGCAAACAGGUCGAGCUAGCAAUUUCUUUAUUUCU